CACACAAUUUAGUGAGACAAGAUCCGAGGUUCGCAAUACGGAGGUUGUACUUGUGUACAUGUAAUCCUUACAGCUCAUUGUACUCCAUAAACAACCGUUUUGGUUCAGACACAUCAGCGACAUGUCUUAUUGUCACUCGUGCAAAUAUGCAAUAAGGAACUUGAUCUUAAUGGAGAUUUGAGCUGUGAGGAUGGUUAGAGAGAGACAACCGAUAUUAAGGAGAUCUGGAUCCAUUACUUUUAUAUUACGUGAGAUGCCUUUUGUAACCAGGUAAAAGACACAUUCCACAAACAUCUUAUUAAUGAUUUUAAUAUUUUAAACACCAUUAGAUUCCUCUUGUCUCUCUUCCUUUGUGGUGUAUAUAUGUGAGAUCAGAGAGGCAAUGAAAAGGCAGAACAAACAUCUUAGCUUUCUCAAGAACAAAUAACAAAACAGAAACAAAAAUGGCUAUCUCUUUCCACGUUCGCUCUAACAGUUUCCCUUCUAGAAGUCACCCACAAGCUGCUCAUGUCAGUGAGCAGUUGGCUCGUUUGAGAUCUUCUGAGGAAGCCUCAACAUCUUCAAGCUCUUCUCUCUGUCAAAGAAUUGACAACAUUCAAGAGCUACACGAGUCUUUGGACAAGCUUAUCUGCCUACCAGUCACACAGCAGGCUCUAUCUCAAGAGCAAAACAAGAAAGCCGUCGAGCAGCUUCUUGAUGGAUCUCUCAGGAUCCUGGAUUUGUGCAACAGUUCCAAGGAUGGUUUAUCAGAGAUGAAAGAAAGUCUCAUGGAGAUUCAAUCCAUUCUAAGGAGAAAGCGCGGUGAUCUUUCCGGAGAGGUGAAGAAAUACUUAGCCUCAAGAAAAGCUGUCAAAAAGACAUUUCAGAAAGUACAAAAGACUCUAAAGGUUGCACACGCUGAAGACAAGAAGGAAGAAUCUUUGGCUUUCUUUGGAGAAGCAGAAUCGGUUACAAUUGCUCUGUUUGAUUCUCUCUUUGGCUACAUAUCUGGAGCAAAGACUUGUGGCAAAUGGUCAGCCGUCUCAAAGCUAAUGACCAAGAAGAAAGUUACAUGUGAAGCUCAAGCAAACGAAUUCACAAGGGUUGACUCCGGAUUUCAGUCCGAGAAGACCUUGAAGAUGGAGGACGUUCAGAUCCUAGAGUCGUUCAUUCAAGAUCUUGAAGAUGGACUUGAAUCACUCUCUAAGUCUUUGAUUAAAUACCGACUCUCAAUUCUUAAUACCUUAGGCCAUUAAGGCUACAAUUUUUGUAAAGAAAAGAUAAUAGAAAC